AUGUCAAAUUACUAUAAUAAUAAAACUUUUUUAAAAAAAUGAAAACAUAUAUUUCACAUUGUUGACUUAAGGCCCUGGCCAUUAAUUACUUCGUUGAGAUUAAUAAACUUAAUAACUCAAUCCAUUAUUCUAAUAAAAAAUAGAACCUCUAGCAAUAUAAAAAUAAUUUUUAUUUUGUUAGCCCUACUAAUUAUUUGUAUGUUCAAUUGAUGACGAGACAUUUGUCGAGAAGGAUCUUUCCAAGGGUGUCACACUCAAAAGGUGGUCACAGGAUUAAAAUUUAGGAUAUUAUUAUUUAUUUUAAGAGAAAUUAUAUUUUUUUUUAGUUUCUUCUGAGGAUUUUUUCAUUUUAGCCUCUCUCCAGAAAUUGAAAUUGGAAGAACCUGGCCUCCUUACCAAAUUUACAUAUUUAAUCCCUAUCAAAUCCCUCUUCUAAAUACUUUAAUUCUUCUCUCCUCAGGUAUUACAGUAACUUGAUGCCAUCACUCAGUCUUAAAUAGAAAUUAUAAUAAUAGGAUAUUUAGACUUUGAUUAACCUUAACCCUGGGCGUCUUAUUUAGGUUACUUCAGGUUUACGAAUAUAGAGAAGCAAAAUUCUCUAUAAACGACAGAGUUUACGGCUCUACCUUCUUUAUAACAACAGGAUUCCACGGACUUCAUGUCACAAUUGGAACUCUUUUUUUAUUUGUGAUAUUAAUACGACUAAAUAAAAUAGAAAUAAAUAACAAACACCACUUUGGCUUAGAGGCUGCUAUUUGAUAUUGACAUUUUGUUGAUGUUGUUUGACUUUAUUUAUAUACUUUUAUAUAUUGAUGAUUUUUUAAUUAA